GGAAAAUGCGACCCGCCAUGCGAUAAUAAUCAUGUUUGUAUUUUAUCUGAAAACACUUGUUCUCAGUGUGGAAAAUAUACGUGUCGACCAAAAGAAAAUCCAAAAUGCGUUACAUGCCUCAAGGCUACAUGCCCAUCAUGUGCCUCUAACUGUGAAUGCUGGAUUCAGAAACGUUUCUGUUAUUCUUGCGAAACUAUUCAUUGCGUCAAAUCUCCAAAAC